UGAACAUGGACAAGUAGUAGUACGACAGUCGUCAAAACGUUCGGAUUUAAACAGAAAGUUAAGUGAAAUUGUAAAAACAAAAUACUCAAAAAAAUUCAAAAUUCAAAAAAGUAACAAUGUUUAUAAAAUUUUUUGGAAAGUUACAUUCUGUGAUGUGGCAGCUUAUUUGCCUUUUGUUAUUGGCCUAUAUCAACUACUCAUCAGCGGAGUGUAAUGUCUGUCAGGCAAAUCAAGCGGCCUGUAUAAAUUCCACCUCAUUUUAUUUGUGUUUUGGUAAUAAUAAACCCAAUACAAAUAUUUUAUAUCAUUGUAAAGAUGGUUUCGAUUGUACGGAUUUAAGUGCUAUUUGUGUUCAAACUUCAUCACAGCGACCGCCCAGUUGUGGUGAUACUUCGCUAUGUGGCAUGUGUGCGGCCCAUCGUAAUUAUUUGUUUGCUUGCCUCAGUCGUACCACAUUCCAAAUGUGUUACGGUGCCAUAAGACCCACCGGACAAAUUGGUUAUUGUCCAUCCGGUUAUGUUUGUGAUGGCAACAGUGAUGCUGUUUGUGUUCUAGAGAAUACAGUCGAUAGUGUAACCUGUGAUAUUGUGGACGAUGGUGGAGUAACAUCAUCAUCAACUUCGAAACCACCAACAAAUACACCACCUACAGAUCCCGAAACCACAGAUAAUCCUGGUAGUGGCAUGUUAACACCAACCCAGGUGUGUGAACAAGAACGUUCGUUGGGCUUAUAUCCUACUGUUCCGAAUGAUCCGUAUUGUAAAAGAGAAAUAAUAAUAGUUUUACAACUAUUAAAUCAAUCCCCUUUAGUUAAUGCUGAAUGUAAUGUUUGUAAUUCCGAAACAGGAAAAGCCUGUAUUUCCAAAACGGAAUAUAAAGAAUGUGAUGAGAAUAAUAAGCCAUUUGGUUACACCUACUCAUGUAAUGAGGAUUAUUACUGUUCCAUGUUAGGAAACUGUACAAAAGAUGAGGAUUUUAGUGAUUGUAAUUUUUGUAAAAAAUGUGAUGAAAAUAGGGUAUUUGCUUGUAAGGGCACAAAGAUAUUUGCAUUAUGUUUAGGUGGCGACGAACCAUCUGAAAUAACUGGCGAAUGUAAUGAAAACACUGUGUGCAAUAUCAAUAAUGCCCAAAUCUGUGGUUUGGAUGAACCUACUUGCUCCUAUACUGAUGAUCCCGUUACACUAGCUCCUACUACUACUACAAUCGCACCAACAACUACGACACCAUCACCCAGCCAGGAUCCCAAUGCUUUCUGUCAAGGUAUUCAAAAAACAGGACGUUAUCCUGCUGGCUCAAAUCCACAAACUACUUGUCGCCAAUACAUUAGUUGCGUUAAAGUCGGCAGCAAUUGGUAUGGCCCUAUUUAUAAUUGUCCCGGACAAACAUUUUAUGAUCCAACGAAAAAAAAUUGUGUUGCCACACAGCCAAGUACCUGUGGUGGAACUGUAGGACGUCUAGCUUUUCGGAACAUUUUAUUGGAAUAAUUUAUAAUAAUUCUGGUUAGAAAAUAUCCAAAUACUUGAAAUACCAAACAUUUUGCAUUUUUGGUUUCAAGAAUGUUAAAAAUUUAUCAAAAUGUAUUUGUAUAUGUACUAUUAAAUUAAAAAUUUGCUCAAAAUUA